AUGCAGGUCACGCCAUCACCCAUCAAUUCACCCUCAAGACCCCGACACCCACCAUGGCUGAGCAGGCGAGUUUCCCUGCACCCAGUAUGCACCAGUCUCAUCGUCUUUCAGAUCGAAAAAGCUUUCCAAAAACAGCCCAUCUUUCACAACGCCAAAGCGCGCGGCGGAAAGAAGAUCUCCACUAAGGAGAAGAGGUGGUACAAGGAGGUUGGGCUUGGUUUCAAGACGCCUUCAGAGGCCAUUAAUGGCACAUACAUUGACAAAAAAUGCCCCUUCACUGGCGACAUUUCCAUUCGUGGUCGCAUCCUCACCGGAAAGGUCGUCUCGACAAAGAUGACCCGCACGAUUAUCAUCCGUCGGGACUACCUCCACUAUAUUCCGAAAUAUAACCGUUACGAAAAGAGACACAAGAAUCUUGCUGCCCAUGUCUCUCCUGCUUUCCGUGUGGAGCUUGGCGACACUGUCACCGUCGGGCAAUGCCGGCCACUGUCAAAGACGGUGCGGUUCAACGUUCUGCGUGUGUCGAAAAACAAGGCUGCAGCCAAGUCGUUUGGGAAGUUUUGA